AUGACUGCAUCUACAAAUGAUAUUCUUGGACAAAAAUUAUUUGAUGGUAAAACGAAAACAAUUUAUUCUAUGAUUGAUCAACCUGGUCUUAUUUGUAUUUAUCGAAAAGAUUAUUAUCAAACAUCACGUGGAAUAUUAAGUAUUCCAGGUAGUCGUCGAACAAGUGUUGAUAGUUCAAUUCGUUUCAAUCAACAACAAACUCUUCAUAGUAAUAAUAAUAAUAGUAUUAAUUCAAAUUUAUAUAUUGAAAUUCCUGGUAAAGGUGCAUUAACUACGUCAAUAACAGCAUGUGUUUAUGAAAUUUUACGUGAAGCAUCAAUUCCAACAUUUUAUGUUGCACCGCACCGUCAACCGGACAUGUUCAUUGCAAGAAAAUGUACAAUGAUACCAAUAUUAUGGAUUAUUCGUCGUUUAGCUAAUGAAACAUAUGUUCAACGUAAUCCAGGAAUCAUCAACGGACAUCGAUUUGUUCCACCUAUUGUUGAAAUUUAUCAUAAACGUCAUCCACUUGUCUACAGACGUUUAACAACAGGAAAUAUUGAUGAUAGUUUUGACUCUUCCUGUGAAAGUUUAUUAGAUGAAGAAGAUUCUGAUUCCGAUGAAUGUCUAUCAUCAAUAUGGUCUUAUGAACAACUUCUUAAUGCACAUUUUGAUAUUGAAGAUUUAAAAAUUACGCAAACUGAAAUUGAAUAUAUGUAUGAAACGUGUUGUACUAUAUUUGAUAUACUUGAACAUGUAUGGAUGGUGAAAAAAAAUUGUCAAUUAAUUGAUUUAAAAGUUGAAUUUGGAAUAACAACAACUAUAACAAAAGAGAUUGUUGUUGCAAAUACAUUCGAUAUUGAAACAUGGCAUAUUUUACGACCACCAAUACAAAAAACUACUGUAUUAGGAAAUGAUGUUAUGCAAGAAAAUCUUAUCUGGAUAAACAAUGCUUUAAGAGAUCUACUUAACUUAAAUAUUAAUAUUCCUUUACCAAGUAAAACCGGUUCAACACGUCGAAGCUUUGUUCAACACAGACAAGAAUUAAUAUUAAAUGAAGCAGAAACAGAUGAUGAUGAAAAAUCAUUGAAUUCUAUUGUUCCAGAGGAUGAUCAUAUUGAUAUACACAAAGACAUAUCAUCACUAAAUAUUUAUUCAUCAUCUUUUUCACCAUUAGCAACAAGUCGUUGUAUUAUAGUUUGUUCAUCAUUGCAUGAUAUUGAACAAGGACAAAAAAUGAAAAUAACUCUUCAUGAAACUUAUAAUAUUCAAUGUGAUAUUCGUCUUUGUUCAAUAUAUAAAUCUACUCAAGCUGUAUUAAAAUUUCUAUCGAAUUAUGCCCAUGAACAUUGUCGUCCAACAGUUUUUGUUACACUUGGUAAUAUAAAUAAUGGUUUAGCUAUGUGUUUAUCAUCCAAUUCUCAAUAUCCCGUUAUACAUUGUUCAUUAAUGAGUAAUGAGCAACAAAAUAAUUUAUUUGAUAUUAAUUCAUAUUUAUCACAUGAUGCAUCUAUGUUUACAGUUGUAUUUACAGUAUUAAGUGCCAUACAAAAUGUUGUACAAAUUCUUGCUAUGAAUGAUUGGAGAUUAUGGACGAAACAACGUGGAAAACGUUUAAAAAAUUAUAUUGAUUUAUUAGUAGCUGAUCAGCAAUUAACAACAACAGCAAAAACUAUAACCAAACAAACAAUGAGAACUAACAAUGGAAUUUUAACAAAUAAAUAA